GCGGAAGUAAACAGAUUGUCUGGCCGGCGUUUCUAUGACACUCCAGAGUCGCUCUGGCCUGUCUUCUCUGUGCUCUGGAAUACCGGAAGCGAGUGUGAGACGGAAUGGCGGAGAGUCCGGCGGCUGAAGCGAUCAUUCUCCCGGGGGCAGUAGGGGGAGGUGUGGUGUCCCAUCUGAGCGGUCUGCAGCCUCCCGGGACUUCUCACCUGGCCGCUUCUUCUAUGUGGGAUCCGACCGCCAGUGGCGACUGGGACAACGAGAGGGCGUCCGCUCAGUGUGUGCUGCGGAUCAAACGGGAUAUCAUGUCUAUAUACAAAGAGCCUCCCCCGGGGAUGUUUGUUGUGCCUGACCCACACGACAUGACAAAGAUCCAUGCCCUUAUAACAGGUCCAUUUGAUACACCUUAUGAGGGAGGCUUCUUCUUAUUCUUAUUCCGAUGCCCUCCAGAUUACCCCAUUCAUCCACCGCGAGUAAAACUGAUGACAACCGGCAACAACACUGUGAGGUUUAACCCAAACUUCUACCGAAAUGGCAAAGUCUGCCUUAGUAUCCUUGGUACGUGGACGGGACCGGCAUGGAGUCCAGCUCAGAGCCUGUCUUCAGUACUCAUCUCUAUCCAGUCCUUGAUGACAGAGAAUCCUUAUCACAAUGAACCUGGCUUCGAACAGGAGAGACACUCAGGAGACAGCAAGAACUAUAAUGAGUGCAUUCGUCAUGAGACCAUCAGAGUGGCAGUAUGUGACAUGCUGGAGGGCAAGUGCCAGUGUCCAGAGGCCUUACGGAGCGUGAUGGAGAAGUCAUUUUUGGAAUACUAUGAUUUUUAUGAAGCAGUUUGCAAAGACAGAUUUCAUCUACAAGGACAGAGCAUGCAGGAUCCAUUCGGUGAGAAGCGAGGGCAUUUUGACUACCAGACUAUCCUCAGCCGCUUGCAGCUUAUUCAGCAAAGAGUGCGGGAGAAACAUCGGCAUGAAACUGUGGAUAUAGACUCAGAAUCCAGCUCUUCUGAAACAGAAAUGGACACCCAAGGGAGCUCAAUCCCCUAAACUAUGGGAACGUAACCUGUAGACGGCAAGUCAUGUAACUUCAGGCAGUAACCGUAGCCAAGUACUUAAGGAAUACACCGAACAAUAAAAGACUUUGUUGUAUGCAAAGCCCCUUCUGCUUCUGGCUGCUGUUUGAAGUCGGAGUCAGUCCACCUCUCUGCUAUAUUUGGGGGAUGAUGGCCUGCAACCAUCCUAUAGACAAGAGGCUGGGGCAUGGACUAAUGGAGCCUGGAUCGAACACGAAGGCAGCACUUUCUUGGAUUCAAUCCUUUUCUUCGUGAAAUGGUCAUUUAAUGGCCCAGACAAGCCAAAGAGUUUUAUUGCAAGCAAAUCAAGCCUUCCCCAGCCCCGGGAUUAACCAGUUGCCAUUUUAAGCUCCAGACAUGACUUCCCCAACCCACCUUUAAAUUUUCACCCUCAGAGAAGCGCACUUUGUCUUAUCUAAUGGGCAUUGUCCAUUUUCCUUUAGUACACAUAUAUAUUUGGUACUGGGAUAAAAUAAGGCUUCAUUGUAUCCUCCUUUUUUUUUUUUUUGUAACCUUUGUGAUGGUUGUAAAUUUUUGGAUGAGCAAAGUGUAUCCAUCUAUUAUUUUACUUAAAUUGUAUCAUGCAGAGUGAAUUCAGGGACAUGAAAAAGUUCCAAUAAAUCUGUUUUCUCAAUUAGUGGCUGAAAUCUGUACAGAGGCCAGCUAGUCAGAAGUGUUUGCCAGGAAGCAAGAGACAUUAAUAAG